AGCUCCACUGCGCAGGCGCCGCUCUCGGCACCAUGGCGGCCGCAUUAAUCCUAUUGCGCGCACUCCGCCAAAUCCCGGAGCCUGGGCCCAGGCGCUUAUGGGACCUGCUCUCGAUCAGGCACCCAGGCUUCUCGUCUGGGUCUUGGAGCAGGCGGCCAUACAUGGUCCGUGGGACUCCGGUUGGCCUCGCUGCGGCUGGAGGCCAAGCGCCGCAGAACUUGCUAUUUCGAAUACUGACCCCUAGCUUUGGAGGUAUUAGCGGAUUGUUACUGAAACAACAUAUAGUUCCAAAUGCAAUCAGACUGUGGCAGCUUUCAGGUAGUACUUACUAUUUUAAUACCUCACGGAUGAAGCAGAAGAAUAAAGACAAUGAUAAACCCAAAGGCAAGGCCCCUGAAGAUGAUGAAGAAGAGAGGAGACGAAAAGAGCGGGAAGACCAGAUGUAUCGUGAAAGGCUACGCACUUUGUUCAUCAUUGCUGUUGUAAUGAGCCUGCUGAAUUCCCUCAGUACCAGUGGGGGCAGUAUUUCUUGGAGCGACUUUGUCAAUGAGAUGCUGGCUAAAGGCGAGGUGCAGCGUGUGCAGGUGGUUCCCGAAAGUGAUGUGGUGGAAGUCUAUCUGCAUCCUGGAGCCGUGGUGUUUGGCCGGCCUCGCCUGGCCUUGAUGUACCGGAUGCAGGUUGCAAAUAUAGACAAAUUUGAAGAAAAGCUUCGAGCAGCUGAAGAUGAACUGAACAUCGAGAGCAAGGACAGGAUUCCCGUUUCCUACAAGCGGACAGGAUUCUUUGGAAAUGCCCUCUACGCCCUGGGGAUGACAGCAGUGGGCUUGGCCAUCCUGUGGUAUGUUUUCAGACUGACUGGGAUGACAGGAAGGGAAGGUGGAUUCAGUGCUUUCAAUCAGCUGAAAAUGGCACGUUUCACUAUUGUGGAUGGGAAGACAGGGAAAGGAGUCAGCUUCCAAGAUGUGGCAGGAAUGCAUGAAGCCAAAUUGGAAGUCCGAGAGUUUGUGGAUUAUCUGAAGAGCCCAGAGCGUUUCCUUCAGCUUGGUGCCAAGGUUCCAAAGGGUGCCCUGUUACUGGGACCCCCUGGUUGUGGGAAGACACUGUUGGCCAAGGCAGUAGCCACAGAGGCUCAGGUGCCCUUUUUAGCAAUGGCUGGCCCGGAGUUUGUCGAGGUAAUUGGAGGACUGGGAGCUGCCCGUGUGCGAAGCCUCUUCAAGGAAGCCCGAGCGCGAGCCCCUUGCAUAGUGUACAUUGAUGAGAUUGAUGCUGUGGGAAAGAAGCGUUCUACCUCCAUGUCCGGCUUUUCCAACACAGAGGAAGAACAGACCCUCAACCAGCUGCUGGUUGAGAUGGACGGAAUGGGUACCACAGACCAUGUCAUCGUCUUGGCAUCCACGAAUCGAGCUGAUGUUUUGGACAAUGCUCUGAUGAGGCCAGGUCGACUCGAUAGGCAUGUCUUCAUUGAUCUUCCCACUCUUCAGGAGAGACGGGAGAUUUUCGAGCAGCACCUGAAAGGCCUGAAGUUGACCCAGCCUAGCAGUUUUUACUCCCAGCGGCUGGCAGAGCUGACACCAGGAUUCAGUGGCGCUGACAUCGCCAACAUCUGCAAUGAGGCCGCACUGCAUGCUGCACGGGAGGGGCACACAUCUGUCCACACGCUCAACUUUGAGUAUGCCGUGGAGCGUGUCAUUGCUGGAACUGCUAAAAAGAGUAAGAUCCUUUCCAAGGAGGAGCAGAGAGUGGUUGCCUUCCAUGAAUCUGGCCAUGCCUUGGUCGGUUGGCUGCUAGAACAUACAGAAGCUGUAAUGAAGGUCUCCAUAGCACCUCGAACAAACGCUGCCCUGGGCUUCGCUCAGAUGCUCCCUCGGGACCAGUACCUCUUCACCAAGGAGCAGCUGUUUGAGCGGAUGUGCAUGGCCCUAGGCGGUCGCGCAGCUGAGGCCAUCUUUUUCAAUAGAGUUACCUCUGGGGCCCAGGAUGACUUGAGGAAGGUUACCCGCAUUGCCUACUCCAUGGUGAAACAGUUUGGGAUGGCACCUAGCAUUGGGCCUGUCUCCUUCCCCGAGGCACAAGAGGGCCUCAUAGGCAUUGGACGACGUCCCUUUAGCCAGGGCCUCCAGCAGCUGAUGGACCAUGAAGCAAAACUGCUGGUGGCUAAAGCCUAUAGGCACACUGAGAGGGUGCUGCUUGACAACCUGGACAAGCUGCAGGCGCUGGCGAAUGCCCUUCUGGAAAAGGAAGUGAUAAACUAUGAGGACAUUGAGGCCCUCAUUGGCCCUCCGCCCCAUGGUCCAAAGAAAAUGAUUGCACCACAGAAAUGGAUUGAUGCUGAAAAGGAGAAACAAGCCUCAGCGGAGGAGGAUGCUCCGGCUCCCUAGCCCCACUCGGCUCGGCUCACUGCUUUCCUCGGCUGCACCUGCAGUUAGUGCAGAACUUACUUGUUGGCAAGCUGCCACCAGCCUCCCAGAGUCUUUUCACCUGAAACUUGAACCUCAGCUUCUGUUAGCUCUCUCUGGUUUUUGCCGAAGACUUUGGAUAUCUAUUGGUUCAAGAUUAUUAAAUCGAAUGCAGAGACAACUGACCUUUCCAUAUGUAUUGCUUUCCUUGUGGACUAGACUCAAUGGAAUAGUCUAGUCCCUGGGGCUUCAGAUGCAGUCUCCAUGUGUGACUCUGUAGGUAGCCCACCAGUUGGACUAAAGAAUCCCCUGUUUAUGUCUUGGACUCCCUCAGAAUGCUAAUAGGAUCCAAGAUGAAAGACCCUCUGAACUGACUGUCCUCAUCACUGUGCUCACUCAUUAAGGGGGCCAAAGUUGGGAACAGGCACUGUUGGAAGAUGCAAAUACUGCCACCUACUGCUGUGUGCAAGUGGAGAAUUUCCCCUGUCUUGUUCUUAUGUAUAGAGUGUCUUGGCUUCCACCACCAUUGAUUCCUCACACAUUUUGUGAUAGAGAAUCCACAUUUGA